AUGAGCGAGACCCAUUACAAGUCAGUACGCGGGCUAACGCGCGGGCUGGCGCUAAUUAACGCUCUAAACCGCUUCGACGGAGGGGCCAGCGUCGCCCAGUUGGCCGAGCAGAGCGGGCUGCAUCGCACAACGGUACGCAGGUUGCUGGAGACGCUCCAAACCGAAGGAUAUGUGCGCCGCAGUGAAUCAGAUGACAGUUAUUGUUUAAGUCUGAAAGUGCGUGAACUGAGCGAGGGGUAUCGCGACGACCAGUGGAUUUCGUCCCUCGCUGCGCCAUUGCUUGGCGGUUUGCUACAAGAAGUUGUCUGGCCAACUGAUCUAUGCACGUUGGAUGUCGACGCCAUGGUCAUACGGGAGACCACGCACCGUUUCAGUCGUUUGUCCUUUCAUCGGUCGAUGGUGGGCCGACGUUUGCCGUUGCUCAGCACGGCAACCGGACGGGCGUACUUUGCAUUUUGUCCGCCCGCCGAACGCGAAGGGCUGAUUGAGUUGAUGAUUAGCCGUGACGAUGAACAGUCAGUGCUAGCUGCAGACCGGCGUUUCGUAGAUCGCCUUGUGGACCACACGCUUGCUAAAGGCUAUGGGGAAAACCGAUCUCAUUGGGCUGAAGAGCGCAAAAUUGCUGCCAUUGCAGUUCCGGUCGUUCAUGAGGAGAGGGUGAUGGCCUGUCUGAACCUUGUCUACAUCGCUAAAGCGAUGCCAAUUGAGGAAGCCGCUCGCCGGUACCUGCCAGCCAUGCGCCAUGUUGUGCAGCUGAUUCAGGCUGGGAUGACG